CUCUAUAUCACUCUGUAUUUAUUGAAAACUCGUUCCCCAAUACGUCGAUGAUACGCGAUAGCAAAAACAUGAGAAACGAUGAUUUCCCAUCAAUUAGUUGUAUACAACCGAAAAAUCUGAGACUCAGCUGAACAAUUCGACGAGAAAGAUUCGUUUAGACCCUAAACGUCGACAAUGGAAGGUCCAGGGCUGGGUUACUCCUACCACUUACCCUCAGGUGGAUGGAGCCUGAAGAUCAGGAAUGCCCUGACACAGUUCAGUGACUUAUUCAGUGAAUUCAACAAGUACAUCGCUCCAGCUUAUCACCAUGACAGAUGUGAAAGGUCAGUGCCAAUGCGUCUCUAUUCUAUGCACAAACGAGAGUUCGUUAUGGUGUUCGUGGCUUUCUUCGCGUGCUUUGGAUUAGCGGUGUUCAUUGGACUAGCUGGGCCGCCUAUUACCUCGACCACUGAGCACAGGGCACGGCUGAAUGGCAGCGAUAUGGCCACUGGUCCAUUUAUCAUGAAGACCCCAGCGCUGUCAACGUACAGCCAGCAGUUGUGGGUCAUUGCUAAAUUCUCUACUGCGAAUACUGAUGAUGAAAGAUACGAUAAAACAUUUCAAGUGAGUGUUUCCAUCGAUGGUAUCAGUCCAGAAGAGAAACUCGUGUCUAUCCUCUCGUCGGAAUCCGGUCACAACAGGACGAGACAUUUGAAAUGCGAGCGUCAGUCCUGCGAAGAACUUGUUGUAGCUCAUCUAGGCUCUUUAGAUUAUACUCAUUAUAUGAUUACCGUUCGUUUUUACGGGCUUGAGGGCUUCCAUCAGCGCUACACCAUCCGAGACCUCACGUUCUACUUUAAGAACUACAAUCCGGCCUUCACGCAGAUUGAAAUCUGGUUCAGGCUGAUUUUUCUGCUGGCUGCCUUCGUCGUAACGUGCUGGUUUGGACAUUCCUUGAGGAAAUAUCCUGUGACAGACUGGUCCAUCGAGCAAAAAUGGAUUUCUAUACUACUUCCAUUAUUGAUACUCUACAACAAUCCAUUAUUUCCGCUGAUUUUCUUAUUCAAUUCCUGGGUACCAGGGAUGCUAGAUGCCAUAAUGCAAACAACAUUCCUCUGUGCCAUUCUCAUGUUCUGGCUGUGUGUUUAUCACGGAUUACGUCAGAAUGAGCGAAAACUAGCCACGUUUUAUCUACCAAAGUUCCUGGUGAUUGGGUGCCUCUGGGUGGCGGCUCUCAUCCUCGCUACCUGGCUCAGGUGCACGGAACUCGAGGAUCCAACGUACAAUUACGUCCUCGAUACGUCUAACUACUAUGGAUUAAAAGUAUUUUUCUUCACUGUCGGGGGUAUAUACAUCGCAUAUCUCGCACUGCUGAUGCUUCGGGCUUACAGUGAACUGCGUUCCAUGCCAUAUUUCGAUCUUCGUUUACGCUUCUUAACACUACUUGCUGUAAUCGUAGCAGGAGUUUGUGCCCUGGUGACAGCCAGACAGUUCGGUGCUGGUGUCCUCGAGGACAGUUUUGCAUCACGAUUGUCCACGUAUUACAGAACGUCAGCGCAAUUUAUGGCACUUUAUGGACUGUUGAAUUUUUACCUUUACACGAUGGCCUACGUGUAUUCACCGGGGAUUCAGCAGGUUUACGGUCAACAUUCAUCGAUAACGAAAGACAAUCCCGCAUUCUCGAUGAUCAACGAUUCAGACGAAGAAGUGAUUUAUGGGUCCGAUGAGGACAGCAGGAGACCACUCACACGAGCCCCGCGGAAUGCCGAUGACAGUGACUGAAAAUGAAAAAAUACGAGUUUCAUUUUAAGGGAAUUCAGUUCAAUCGCGAAGAGGUCAAUUGGCCAGUUUUCAAUAAAUAUCUCGAAAUCUAAGGGAGAUAGCAAAAUUUUUCGCAUGACCGUUUUA